AUGGCAUUCUUCCCCCCGGAGGACUUUUCCCUUGACCCACGCUUCAUAGAGCUACAGGAAGAACUUAGGUCUGUUCUGUUUGCGGGCUUGUCUGCGCUAUCACCAAGCGCACCAUGUACCCCAGAGGCAGAAGCGACACCUACACAGUCACCGCAGACACUCGACUUUUCCAACGUCACUGUCAAUAUUCCUCAUGAUAGGUUAAUAUGCUAUCUUCAAAAUUGGGUCACCGAGUGUGCACCCUACCUGGAUAAAUUCGAUGAGGAUAAACACUUUCAGAUCCAUGUACCGCUCAUGGCGCAGAAAUCGCCGGCGCUUUUAUAUGCAAUGCUUGCGUUUUCGUCAAGACAGAUGGAAAGGAGGGGUCUUACGCAAGAAGGUGGUUGCGAUAGUCUUGAGUUGUACCAGGAGAGUAUCAGGUUACUCAGUCCCGGACUACAAGCCAAAGAUCCAAAUAUGUUGGUGACAGCUUGUAUUCUAGCUGUCUUUGAGUUGAUGUCGGGAGGUUCUAAGAACUGGAAGCGUCAUGUGGAAGGAUGUGCUUCACUGUUUGAGUUCUUUGGAGUCGAUGGCUUCUCUGGCGGUUUACCACAGGCAGUCUUCUAUUGCUACGCAAGAAUGGAAUUAUGCGGUGCCAUAAUCUCUGACGGGACGGAGACUACGGUUCUUCCUCUCUCAAAAUGGGCACCUCCUGCGCCCGAAUCGUUGGUCUCUUCUGAGCAGAUUGAAAGAUAUGUGCGGGACAUGUUUCACGAGAGAAGCCGCGAGUCGCCCGACAUGCAAGCCAACUGGGCUAUAUACCUAUGUACAAAGGUCUGCGAUCUACGAUUUCGAAGGACGCAAAGUCUAGAACUCGGACGUGCAGACGUUCAAGAUGACAGACCGUUCUCAGAACAAUGGCAGCAGCUUUGGAACGAGUUGCAGUUCUGGCUUGAUCAGCGUCCUACAACGAUGAAGCCGAUAAGCAUGGUUGAAGCAGGAGACAAACAGAUCUUCCCAGCUAUGCUUUUCCCACACUGGGCUGCUAUUUCCAGCAACCAGAUAUAUCACACUGCGUGUAUCCUGAUGCUUGAAAUGCGGAAUCUGGGACAUGAACUUGAUUAUCAGUGCCUGGCUCUGUGGCAUGCACGUCAACCAUCCAUAAUGCCAUCGUCAAAGCCUGUCAUCAGCGUCCUGGGAUCUCUCAACAUCGAUCUCGUCUCAUACGUUCCCCACCACCCAUUGCCCGGAGAGACAAUAACUUCCAGCCAAUUCAAUGUCUUCCCAGGUGGAAAGGGCGCAAAUCAAGCUGUUGCUUGUGCAAAACUUUCUCGAACUUCUGAUUUCAAGGAUUCGAGUGUCGACGUUGUCAUGAUUGGUGCCGUUGGGGCAGACACAUACGGCACGAUUCUCCUGGACAGUCUCAAAUCAUACGACGUGGGAACUGGUUCAAUCAUUGUGAAUCAAGAUGGCGGCGCUGGUUCGCAAAGUGGUAUUGCAAUGAUUAUCGUUGAUGAGCCAACGGGUCAGAACCGCAUUAUCUUGUCUCCAGGAGCCAACAAUUCUCUCCAACCAAGCCAAUUCCAACAAAUACCUGGGCCAGCGCCUGCACUACUCAUCAUGCAGCUGGAAAUUCCACUUGAGACUGUUAUUCAGGCUUUUCAAACGGCAAAGGCAAUGGGAACACCGGUACUUCUCAACCCUGCACCAGCUCAGACUCUUCCCGCAGAGAUUUACCAAGGGCUAGCACAUCUCAUCUUGAACGAGACCGAAGCAGCUCUAUUGUCAGAAAAGGAUGAAUCAGAGUUUGAAGACAUUUCUGUGGUUGAACAAGCUGCAUCUGACUUCCUUGCCAAAGGUGUUCAAAACGUUGUCAUCACGCUUGGUGGAAAGGGUGCCUACUUUGCCAACGAUACCGGCGCCAAGGGUCUCAUUCCUGCGCAGAAAGUCAAGGUUGUCGACACGACUGCAGCCGGUGAUACUUUCAUUGGUUCAUACGCAGUACAAGUGGCACUCGCAGGUCAACGAGGUGAAAAGUUGGACAUUGAAAAGGCAGUUCAUUCAGGAAUUCGAGCUUCAUCACAUACGGUCGCGAGACGAGGAGCACAAGUAUCCAUUCCAUGGAAAGACGAGUUGGAGUGA